AUGAUUCGCCAACACUGUGAAGAUGAAUUUCUCUCCAACGAAGAAUUGGAAUAUUUGGCUGAAGAAACCAUGAUUUCUAUUCGGCCUACUAAAAACCUUCCCAAAAUCAAAAUGAUUACGCAUACCAUUGGACCAGCUCUCGCCAAUCAGGAAAUUAGUGUUCCUCUAUGGGCUGCCAUUCAACUCAAAAAGUUAAAUCAAUGCAAGAUUGUCAUUCCCGAGUGGUUGAGAGUCGAUUGGUUGGAGGAAGCUUCCGCUCAAUCAUCCAAAUCUCAUGAUUUUUAUCCAAUGCCUCCUCACUUUCUUGAAAUUGGAUACUUGUUGUUGAAAGUAGCAAAGAACGAUUUUGAUGACAAUCCAGAAGAAAUAUCUUCACUGUUGAAAACUCUCGAAGAUAAACGAAGAGACAACCUCACUGAUGGGCUUACCAAAGGUAUUGGAGAUGUGGAGCCUACGGAUUAUUUCCCUGGUUAUCUUUUGACCAAUUUAUCGGCCAUGGAAAUGAAUCGUAUACGGAAGGCCACAGUUGAGGUGUUGUCUAAGAGAGACCGAUACUAUAGAACUUCAUCAACAACGGCUGAAGUACCUCCUUCAUCCUCUCAGACUCAUGAUGACAAUGAUGAUGAAGAAGAUUAA